ACGUGACAACGUCCUCGCGUCGGGAGCGUCUUGAGUUUGAAGCGGGAGAGAUAGUCCGGGUUCUGCGGUUUGCUCUUCUGAGUCUUAGGAAGACGCUUUGGGUCUUGGGUUUUCUCGUUUGCAAAAUAGCUCGGUUGCGGUAGAGCUUCUUCCAGAAUUUGUUCACGUAAAAACAGAAACUCUUAUUUGGAGGAAGCGGGGGGCGGGGUAGGCAAACCUGUUAAUGUUAAAUCAGCCUUUUUGUACUUGAGGGGAAUUGUCGCUGCACGUAACUAACGGUAUUUUAUAGUUUCCAAAUGGUUUUCACAUCAAUGUCUCGUUAAAAACGCCUUACUACGCUGACAUAUGGGCGGGAGUCAACUUGACCUGCUUUUUCGUUAUAAAAAUUACCCUCGGAGAGGAUGCGGACUGAAAGUUGAAAUUGUCGACCCGAAAGUUGACAAUUGCGUUUUAUUCGCACACUUGCUGAGGACCUAAACCUGGGAUGUAGCGGCUCAGAUCUCUCCGAGGGACUGUUCUGAAGAGUCCGAUGAUGACCAAGGCAAGCAAAUGGGAUAAGACCAGGCUGCCAGGUGAAGGCUUCAUCUCAGGAACAGUGAAGCGUCCUCAGCCUUAAAAAGAUUAAGGUGGAGAGCACAGAAGACUGCCCAUGGCCUAUGGCUAGAGCAUCACCGAAAACCAGACACUGUUACCCGCUCUGCAUUCCUGAACUGUAUCCUGCAGUCAUAAGGAGAACCAGUCUGGACACAGCAGUGGCUCCCUGGGGAAAUGCAGCUGCCACAGAAACUGCUCUUACAAAAACGCGGAGUUACAGGCACUGGAUAGAGUGUGCUCCAUACAGUGAUGUGAAAACAUGCACCAAAGAAUAUCACCCUCUUUGUGCAACCAACGGCUGCACUUACUGCAAUGAAUGUUUUUUUUGCGACGCACUCAAGCUCCUCACCUACAGCCCAAUAAAGGAGACUCCGCCGGCGGGAGUGGUUGGGAAGGCAGACACGGUUCCUGGAGCCGCAGAGCUCACCCUCCACGGCCCUCUCUGUCGCAGACCUGAAAAAAUGGCUUUCUUCUCAUCAAGGGUCAGAGCUCUUUUCAUCCUUGUCUUGGUACUACCUCUUUGUUCUGAAACUGGUUUUGCACGUUCAAAAAAAACCCGCAAAGAGCCAGACUGUGAUGUGUACAGGAGUCAUUUAUUUUUUUGCACCAGAGAAAUGGAUCCAAUCUGUGGAACCAAUGGCAAAUCGUACGCCAAUCCCUGCAUAUUCUGCAGUGAAAAGCUAGGAAGGAAUGAAAAAUUUGAUUUUGGUCAUUGGGGUCAUUGCCGGGAGUACACCUCAGCCGCUCGUUCCUAAUGGUUUUCAUAGCAAUCGUAUUUUGCAAUAGAUUCCACAAGCAAUGAGUCUUCUCAAUCAGACCUUCACAUUCCUGGAUGAACUGACAGCGCCUUCCAUGGCACACAAGAUGGAAUACAGAAUGCCAACAAUUUUUCCUACACUAAGAACCUGCAAAUGAAGGAUUCUUAUUUUCUAUGUUCAAUUAUUCAAUGACAGUUGAAAACCUAUCUUAAUUGUGUGUUUGCUAGUAGAAAACCCAAUGCAACUUAUAAUCAUGACUAUUUCAAUCAAUAAAAUGAUAGAUAGUAUCACCUUUAUUAAAAUACCUUUUCUUGAGUCAGUGGGUUAACUCUCAGGAAUACUAAUGGUAGGUAUAAUUAAAAAAAAAAAUUCUCCAAGGCGAACAAAUUACACAUUACUUGGGUGUUUAUUGGAAGGACAGACACUUGAGUUUCUCUUUAUGCUAAAGAAUCAAACCUCUACAAGAGGAAUCUUGGAACCUGAAUUCUCACGAGUGCUCCAGGUCAGUCUUCUGAUCGCAAAUGUAUGUGGGGCAAGAGAGACCUAAAUUCUAAACCAUAGGACAUUAUCUAUAAGUGAGUGAAUUGCAGAAACUAUUCCAAGAUCCUGUGUGAUUUCUGGGGCUUGGGAGAAAAACUGUAUGGUACUUUCUUCGUUUCUCACACAUCAGUCAGGAGCUAGCAGGGAGAUCUGGGGAAGCCAGGCAGCUCUGCCACUGCCGACCCAGCAUGUCCAUUCACGCUCCAAGUCUGACGCUUCUCCCUUUCUCUUCCUCUCACGAGCAACAAGAGACGGGCUUUAUCUGAGGAGACCAGUGCUCAUUCAGAGCUUAAUUUUCAUGGCAGAAAUGUGGACUGACGAUCAGAAAGCACGUUUCGGUCUGCCACACAUGCGACAGCAGACGUGCUCCCCUCGUCAGCAAACAUUUUCACCUUAAGAGAGGGACCUACAUGGGAGUUACUUAGUCAUUUACAUUCUUUAGAAGGAAUUCUAAAUGACAAUUUCCACUAAAAUGUACAGUUUUAGAGCCACAGUACCGAAAUUCAUUCAGCUACUUUCAUGGCCUUUUUCAUUAUAAAAGACAUAUAUAAAAAAAAGUUCAGUGAAUGCUGGUGAGUUUAUAGAUGGAUUCCUUAACUUUGUGAACAUUUAAAAUUUUUAAACUAUUUUAUUUUCCUUGUAUUCAGCAUAUUUUUUUAGCAAAAAAAAAAAACCCUACUAUGUGUCGUGCCCUGUAAAAAU